AUGCUAGGCACGGCCGACGACGGCUCCGCCGCUGCCGCUGCUCUUACCCGCGCCCCCGCGACCGCGCCUACCGCCGCCGCCUCUACCUCUACUACGCUAGCCGCCCUUACGUCGCCCUUCCGGGUAACGACGCUAUCCCGGCCGCCGGCCGUAACGCCCGGCCCCUUUACCCCCGCCUCCGCUACUACUACCCCCCUCGCGGGCUUAGAGGGCCGCCUAAGCGCCCUAGAAAGCGCCGCCGCCGUUAAUAAGGUAGAGGAGGACGACGAGGAUAAGGAUAAGGAUAACGAUAAGGAUAAGGAGUAG